CCGAGUCAUUGGCACGGGCUGGCAUAGACAGCGUGCCGGCAUCAAGCUUUCCGACUGAUUUCCUUACAUACUCUGUCGUGACGAAUGGCUCCUUAGUUCCGCUUAAGAAUCGACACCAUUACCACCACUACCACCACCACCGCUCCCCAAGGCAUCUACCACCUCUAUAUAUACACACACCACCAUGAAGUUCGGCCGCAAUCUCCCCCGCAACGUCGUCCCCGAAUGGAGCGCUUCCUACAUCAAAUACAAACCCCUCAAGAAACUCAUCAAGUCCGCCGCCGAGGACCUCAAAGCAGACCAUGAGGCGGAUCUAGCGGGCUUCUUCUACUCGCUCGACCGCAACCUCGAAGACGUCGACUACUUCUACAACAAGAAAUACCACGAUUUCUCGCGCCGUCUGAAGCUGCUCGAGGGCCGGUACGGGCAUUCACUCGAUGGCCGGUACGGGCAUUCACUCGAUGGCCGGCAGAGGCUGGACGGCGAGGAUGUGGAGGAUUUACUGGCUGCGUUGUUGGAAUUGCGUGGGCAGUUGAGGAAGUUGCAGUGGUAUGGGGAGGUGAAUCGGCGGGGGUUCAUCAAAAUCACCAAAAAACUGGAUAAGCGCGUUGGCGGGCAGAGUCAGAAGACGUAUCUGGAGAGUAAGGUUGACCCCGCGCCGUUUGCGUCGAAUGUGCGGGUUUCCGAGGCGUUGAAGAGGAUUAAUGACUGGUUGUCGAUUCUGGGUGAUCAGAAGGUUACUGAUGAUGCGAGUUCGACGGUGUCGUCGUUGUCGUUGAAGAAGGGGCCUUCGAGGCCGAAUUUGAAUGUGCCGCCGAGUUUGUUGACGGCUGUUGAUGAGGCCGUGCGGUCUGAUGAUACGCAUGUUUUGCUGGAGUUGAUUGAGACGCUGAGGAAGGCGGCCGAUGAGGCGCAGGAUAACCUGUUCCCCAGGGUACUCAAGAGUUUGCUGCAGCGCUCGAUUUACUACCGGUCCAAGGCUUGCAUUAGUGCUUUGCUUCGUCGCAUUGAUGAUGAUCUUGAAGAGGACGAUGAUAUCAACAAGCGUAACAGCGUUCAUCGUCUGGUGAUUUCGAUUGGUCGCGCGCAGUCUACUACCGACUCGGAGCAGUCUGCCUCCAUGGUGCUCGACUUUCCUCUCGAGACCUCCAACUACAUUACUCCUGCUGCUCCGCCUACGUUGCAGCCCGCGCGCUCUGUCGUCAAGGAGUCGGAGAAGCCGCAGCAUCUUGAGCGCUCUGACCCGACCAUCGCGCUGUUGUCGCAUUUGCUCGACCAGCUGCGACCGCAACAGCGUCACGCUGUCCUGGCCAAGGAUCUCUCCGGUCGGACCCCUCUGCACUAUGGUGCGCAGUACGGGUUCAAGGUUGUCUGCGAUGUCAUCAUCGAGCAUCUGCAGGCGUGGGACAUGUUCGAUGUGAGCGGCGGCAUUGACAGUAUCGAAUGGCAGGACAAUGAUGGCUGGGCCCCGCUGCACUUGUCUGUUGUUGGCGGCCACCCGCUGACCACCCGAACUCUGCUCGAGUCUGAGAACUGGAAGGGCGAGAACAACAAGGAACGCGCGUUUAUCCGCAAACAAGUCCCCAAGUCCAGCGCUGUGCUCGCCAUGGCCACCAAGGCCAACUUUGUCGAUAUCGUGCAGCUGUUGGUUGAUGCUGGUGUUGAUAUCAACUACCAGGACGAGCAGGGUGAGACUGCGUUGCAUGUGGCUGCUCGGUUCGGUCACCACCAGUGUGCGCGUAUUCUCCUGAAUGGCACGGACAACCAGAAGGCUGACACUGAGCUUUUCGAGUACACGUAUUCGUGGACUCCGCUGUUCAUUGCCUCUGUUGAUGGAGCGCUGUCGGUGGUGAACCUGCUCAUUGAUGCCAAUGCUGAUCUUGAGCGGUCGGAUUCGUCUGGCUGGACCGCUAAGGAGCACGCUGCUCUGCGUGGCCACCUCGACAUCGCUCGUCGUCUGGCCGAGCUCACACCCGAACCUGAGAUCUCCGAGCCAGAAGUCAUCCCCGCUCCCGCUGCUAUCUCCCCUGCCGCUCUCACUCCCUCGUCUCCGUCCCAGGCGCCGUCCGGCCUCGCAGAGUCCUCUCUGGCGGAGCGCCGCUCCAACAACACCACCCCAGGGAGUUCUGGCCCACGGGCUUCUGAACCUAUCAAGUCUUUUGGACAUCGGUAUCUCGCCGAUGAGGCCAUGAUCCUGGUCAGUCUGGGCACGAUGGACAUCCGCAAGCCGCAGCAAGCAGUCAACCUGGACCGAAUUCCGAUGGAGAAUGCUCAUUCCACGCAGCUGGACACGGCUUUAUCAAUUGUUGUGUCUGCUGGUGGUGCACACGGUGAGCCGGAGAUUAUCGAUCUGCCGGUUCAGGAUAACAUCUCUACGGAGCCGAUAGUGUUCCAUUCUGCCGAUCCGACCAAGGUGCGGUUGCUGUUUGAUCUUGUUCCCACGUAUGCGGGGACGAAGGAUCAGAUUGUUGGUCGUGGUGUUGCGUUGCUUUCGUCCAUUAAGCCUGGUGUGGGUUCGCAUCGGAUGAAUUUGAAGGGUGACUCGACUGUGCCUAUCGUGGCAGCCAACACGUUGGAAGUCAUCGGCUCGUUAACAUUCAACUUCUUGAUUGUCACUCCCUUCAAACACCCCAACAUGUCCGUUGGCCGCGACCAAACCUACUGGAAGAGUCUCACCUCAACAAUGGUCAUCGGCCACCGCGGUCUAGGCAAGAACUUCGCCAGCCGCAAGUCCCUCCAACUCGGUGAAAACACCAUCCAAUCCUUCAUCGCCGCGGCCAACCUGGGUGCUUCCUAUGUCGAAUUCGACGUGCAACUCACGAAAGACCACGUCCCGGUCAUCUACCAUGACUUCCUCGUCAGCGAGACAGGUAUCGAUGCGCCUGUGCACACUAUGACACUGGAACAGUUCAUGCAGCUAGGCGAUAGCCGGAACCAGAAUGCUUCGCCUCGCCGGGCUGAUAUCAUCGGUGAGGAGAGCAAGGGUGGACGCAUGCGGUCGAUGUCUGUUGGUGGGUCGGAGUAUAAUGUGUCGGAGUUGAAUGAGAAGAUUAAGCACACGAGGGACUUUAAGAAGAAGGGGUUCAAGGGGAAUACACGGGGGAAUCAUAUCCAGGCUCCAUUUGCUACGUUGGAGGAGUUGUUUAGGAAGUUGCCCAAGUCUGUUGGGUUCAACAUUGAACUGAAAUACCCCAUGCUUUUCGAAUCCGAACAAGAAGAGAUGGACACCUACGCCGUCGAACUCAACUCUUUCGUCGACACAGUUCUAAAGUUGGUGUACGACCUUGGCCAAGGCCGCAACAUGCUUUUCUCCUCCUUCAACCCCGACGUUUGCCUCCUCCUCUCCUUCAAACAGCCUUCUAUCCCGGUGCUGUUCCUUUCCGACUCCGGCGCCUCUCCAGCCUACGACAUCCGCGCGUCUUCUCUCCAAGAAGCAGUCCGCUUUGCAUCCCGCUGGAACCUGUUGGGUAUCGUCUCCCAAGCCGAACCCCUCGUCCUCUGCCCACGGUUGGUCCGCGUCGUGAAAGAGUCUGGGCUGGUCUGCGUAUCCUACGGCGCCAUCAACAACGAACCCGACCACGUCAAGCGACAAGUCACCGAGGGCAUUGACGCAGUCAUCGUCGACUCAGUCCUCGCCAUUCGAAAGGGUCUCACCGAACACGAGAGUAAGAUGGAGACGCCGUCGACGUCGCCGCAGCCUAGCCCGUUGGCCGUUCCGUCGGCGAAUCAGGGGUUGAAAGAUACGAAUACGAUUCCGGUGCUGGAGCAGGCGGAGAAUAGGGGGGGUCAUUUGCAUGUUAAGCCGGAGGCGUAUGUUGGUCACUAGGGUGGAUAAAUGCGUGGGAAGCGGUGGGGGGGGGUGGUGAUGGGCGUGGAUGAGAUACCAUAUGGAUUUCAACAUGGUUGUUUUGUUUUGUUGAGGGUUAUGAUAUGAUGUUAUCUUAUGUUUGUUGGUUACUAUGCAUGGUAUCCAAGCACGGCUUGGA